GGGACCAGGGAGGGGAGGAGGGAACUGUUUCCCGUGCAUUUCAUAUAUAAGAGGUGAGAUGCACUCCUGGCUUACACACCUCUCACCAGUCUUUGUCAUCAGCUGUCCUCACACGUCGCCAGCAUGCGUCACUUCGUGGUCUUGGCCGCUCUGGUGUUGGCUGUCUGCUUCCUGGCUCCGUCACACGCCCACCGUCCCUAUGGUAGCUAUGGCUACGGUGGUCGCAGACGCCCAGGGUAUGGAGGCGGCGGUGGGCAGGGAGGAAAACUCCAUGGUGGCUUUGGAGGUGGAGGCGGUGUGCAUGGAGGCAAACUCCAAAGUGACGUUGGAGCCGGUGGCUUUGGAGGUGGCGGCGGUGGACUUGGAGGCGGUUCUGGUGGCUUUGGAGGUGGCGUCGGAGGCCUUGGAGGUAAAGGACCUGGUGUUCAUGGUGGUGGUGGGGCUGGUGGUCUAGGAGGCUUUGGAAGUGCCAGCGGAGGUCUGGGAGGUGGCAGCGGAGGCUUUGGAGGUGGCAGCGGUGGCUUUGGAGGCGGCAGCGGAGGCUUUGGAGGCGGCGUCGGUGGCGUUGGAGGCGGAGCCGGUGGUUUUGGAGGUGGCGUUGGUGGCCUUGGAGGUAAAGGACCUGGUGUUCAUGGUGGUGGUGGGGCUGGUGACCUAGGAGGCUUUGGAGAUGCCAGCGGAGGUCUGGGAGGUGGCGGAGGAGGCUUUGGAGGCGGCAGCGGAGGCUUUGGAGGUGGCGUUGGUGGCCUUGGAGGUAAAGGACCUGGUGUUCAUGGUGGUGGGGCUGGUGGCCUUGGAGGUCUGGGAGGCGGCAGCGGAGGCUUUGGAGGCGGCGUCGGUGGCCUUGGAGGCGGAGGCGGUGGUUUUGGAGGCGGCAGCGGAGGCUUUGGCGGCGGCAGCGGAGAAUUUGGAGGCGGCAGCGGUGGCGUUGGAGGCGGCAGCGGUGGCGUUGGAGGCGGCAGUGGAGGCUUUGGAGGCGGCAGCGGAGAAUUUGGAGGUAAACACUCCGGUGGUCAAAAGGGCGGUGGUGGUGGCGGUGGUUACUCAGGGUAAACCACAACAGUUUCCGUGUCCACAUUCUCCUGGAACGAUCUUCAUCAUUACGAUCAACGUGACACAACAAGUUAAUGGAUCAAGUGGAAAAUCAUCAAUAUUCUGGAACGACGGUGACUGAGCCAACCUUAGAAUUGUGAAUUUAUUUAGGCGAAAUAUAUUUUUCCAUAGGUAUAUGUAUAUAUAUAUAUGUAUGUUAUUUUGUCUGAGAAUUUCUGAAAUUUGCUCAGUGAUGUAUAUAAAUAUAUUGAAAUAAUAUUUUUCACUACACAUUAUAUACAAUUUUAAAACCAAACUUUUAAUAAAAAUAUACAAAUUACAUA